AUGAACUCGUUAAGAUACUCCUUUGGGCAAAACGGGAACGUGGACAAAGAAGAGAUGUUGAAAUAUUUCGAGUCUGAAGAAAGACAUAAAGCUGGCGGUGACAGUCCAACAACAGGCUAUAUUCUAUCGGAGAUCAUGGGAGUUGCGAACACGUCUGGGUACGGAUUAAGCGCUACCAAACUCGUUUGGCACCCUGAUUCCCCGUCUCCACUUCAGCUCAUUCACGGCUUGAUUGGUCUCCCGGUGAAG